AUGCUGAUUGAUAAUGAAUCAUUGUACCUAUACAAUCUUACUAUAAAGCACCCAUCUCUGUGCAUUGCGUCGAUUGUCGGUCAAUUCUUAGGUAAUAAGAAAUCUCAAGAAAUUAUACUAGCCAACUCAACAUCGAUCGAGUUGUGGAAAGCCGAUUCGAAUACCGGUAAAUUAGAAAAGAUCUACCAGCAGGCAUCAUUUGGUAUAAUACAGGGGAUUGAUAAAAUACGAUUAGUUGGUUCACAAAAAGAUUAUGUAGUAAUUACGUCUGAUUCCGGAAAAUUGGUUGUCUUAGAGUUCGAUAUAGAGAAGUUACAAUUCGUUCCAUUAUUUCAAGAACCUCAUUCAAAGAAUGGGUUGAGAAGAACUUCACCUGGUGAGUAUCUAUGUGUGGAUCCUCACAAUAGAGCAAUCCUAAUUGGUGCCAUAGAAAAGAAUAAAUUAGUUUAUAAGGUGCAAUCGAAUGAUAAAGGAAAACUUGAAUUAUCAUCACCCCUAGAGACAUUUUCUAAACAUACAUUAACUUUGCAGAUAUGUGCUAUGGAUACUGGAUUUGAAAAUCCGAUGUUUGCUGCCAUUGAAUGUGAUUAUAAUGCACGCCAACAAGACUAUAGCGAAGAAGAGAAUGGUGAAUCAUCAUUACUUCUAAAUUACUACGAGUUAGACCAGGGAUUAAACCAUGUUGUGAAACAUAAAUCUAAUGAGAAAAUACCGGGGUCUUCAUCGCAUUUAAUUCCUUUACCUGACUUUAUUGGAGGCUUACUUGUAUGCUGCAAAUCGACGAUUAUAUAUGCUCAUCCUUCUAAAGAUAAAUUAUACCUACCAAUACCAAUAAGGUCAAAUACAAACGAGACUAUUAUAGUGAACCACGUUAUCCAUAGACUUAAAAAGAAUAACUUCUUUAUUUUAGUUCAGAGUCAACUAGGAGAUUGCUUUAAAAUAACUGUUGAUCACGAUGAAGUGAAUGAAUCUAUUGAAAAUAUUAACAUAACUUAUUUUGAUACUAUCCCGUUAUCUCAAAGCCUUAAUAUAUUCAAAAGUGGGUUUCUUUUUGCUAAUGUUGCUACCAAUAACAAACUCUUUUAUCAGUUUGAAAAAUUGGGAGAUGAUAAUAACUAUACUACGUUGCAGUCUUGUAACUUUUCUGAUUACAAUUCCAUAUUUGAAUUGGAUAUAUCUAAGCGAUCUUUUAAAGUGGCAGGAUUAGAGAAUUUGGCAUUAGUUGAUAUAAUGGAAACUUUGAACCCUAUUACAGAUGGUGCUUUAAUUGAAACGUUACGACCAGAGGUUCCAGACCCGUUUAAACAAUUGACAGCAUUAUCAUCACACUCAUAUUUGAAGACAUUAACUCAUGGCAUCUCUACCAAUACUGUGGUGUCAUCGCCUUUACCCAUUAAACCGACUGCAAUACAUACAACGAGAAUUUUUGCGGAAUCUGACAACGAUGAAUAUUUGGUUAUAUCAUCCACGUUGUCUUCACAAACAUUGGUAUUGUCUAUUGGUGAAGUAGUCGAAGAAGUUAAUGAUUCUCAAUUUGUUACAAAUGAACCUACAAUAAAUGUCCAACAAGUAGGAAAAUCUUCAGUUGUUCAAAUUUAUUCUAAUGGUAUUAGACAUAUAAAGCAUACAAUGAGAAAUGGCACGAUAGAGAAGAAAUACACUGACUGGUAUCCACCUGCAGGUAUCUCGAUUAUAAAAGCUAGUACAAAUAACGAACAGGUUAUAAUUGGGUUAUCUAAUAGAGAAAUCUGCUACUUCGAAAUUGAUCCAGUUGAUGAUCAGUUGGUUGAAUAUCAAGAAAGAUUAGAAAUGUCAGGUGGAUCGAUUAGUGCCCUAGCAAUAUCAUCGUCAUCUAUCAGUAAAUCACAAAGGAAAAGCUCCUACGCGAUUGUUGGCUGUUCGGAUGAAACGAUUCAAGCAAUUUCGUUAAAACCUCAUAAUUGUCUUGAAAUAGUAACUUUACAAGCACUAUCUGCAAAUGCUUCAUCCAUAGCAAUGGUGCCACAUGAAUAUUCAACAUUAGUUCAUAUUGGUAUGGAGAACGGAUUAUAUGUCCGUGUCACCAUUGAUGAGAUAACGGGAAAAUUAUCAGACACAAGAAUUCAAUUUUUAGGGUCAAAACCGGUUCAAUUAUCUGUCAUUGGAUUGCCACAGUUACAACAGAAUGGUCUUUUAGCGAUUUCUUCUAGGCCGUGGAUUGGUUAUCAUUCUAAGGGGGAUUUUAAGAUGACUCCGUUAUUAAAUACGAACAUAUCAAAUGGCGCAUCCUUUUAUUCAGAAGAUAUAGGGGGCGAAGGAAUAGUUGGCAUAGAUGACAAUAAUUUGAUAAUACUUACUGUUAGUAAUACCGAUGGCGAAGAAUCCGGACUUAAUGUAAAUGAUGAUUUUAUAAUAAACAGUGUUAAAUUACGUUACUUACCUAGGAGGAUGAAUGUUGACAGUCCAGGUGACAAUGAUACAAGUUCUUCAACAUACAUAUAUAUAAUUGAAUCAGAAUAUGGUAUAACAUCACCAUUCCCUGUCACAAUACUUCCAGAUAAUCAAAAAGAAAGUACUAAUGCAAAUAUAGAUACUCCCGAAAUCGACCAAGAUUAUUAUGACGCCUUUGGUUUUGAAAGAUCAAAGCAUUCCUGGGCAUCUUGUGUUGAAGUUAUUGACUUCAAUAAUCAAGAAAUUGUCCAAACUAUCGAAUUACCAAAGAAUGAAAGUGCCAUUUCGCUUUGUCGUUUACAGUUUGAGUCUCGACAGACUAAAAACCAAGAAUAUUUAAUAAUAGGUACAACGCAAGACCAAAAAUUUUUACCUAACUCGUAUUUGAAUAAUUAUUUGUAUACUUUCACGAUUAACAAAUCUUCCAAUAAGAAUAAAAGCCAAAAUGAAGUCUUGGAGUUCGUCCACAAAACGGAGUUGGAUUAUCAACCAACUGCCAUUAUUCCAUUUAAUGGGAAGUUGCUAGUUGGAAUGGGUAACUUCUUGCGACUUUAUGACCUCGGACAGAGACAGCUUUUACGUAAAGCAUCUUCAAAUAUAGAAUAUUUGAGAAAUAUAAUAAGGUUAACUCAUCAAGGGGGGUCUAGAAUUGUUGUUGGAGAUUCUUCUAUGUCAACUACAUUUGUUAAAUAUGAUUCCACGGAGAAUCAAUUUAUUCCCUUCGCAGACGACAUAAUGAAGAGGCAAAUCACUGCUUUAAUUACUUUGGACUAUGAUACCAUAAUCGGGGGUGAUAAGUUCGGCAAUAUAUUUGUUUCUAGAGUACCGGAAACUAUUUCACAACAAUCUGAUAAGGAUUGGAGUCUAUUGAGAUACCAAGAAUCGUAUCUUAAUGGAUCGGGAUCAAGAUUAAAAAAUAUAUGCGAGUUUUAUUUACAAGAUAUACCUACAUCGUUCACAAAGGGAAGUUUAAUAAUGGGAGGAAAAGACAGCAUAAUAUAUACUGGGGUACAAGGUACUUUAGGCUUAUUGCUACCAUUUUCCACAGAGAAUGAAGUAAAAUUUUUGGGUGAUUUACAAUUAUUAUUGCGUAAAUACUUUGAUUAUAAUUUUGAUGAUUUUGAUAAGGAUAAAAACGGUUACAAUUUACUAGGUAAAGAUCAUUUGAAAUUCAGAAGUUAUUACAAUCCAGUGAAGAACGUUAUUGAUGGUGAUUUAGUCGAAAGAUUUUAUGAGCUAAGUCAAUCAAUGAAAAUAAGGAUUGGUACAGAAUUAAAUAGAACACCAAAAGAGAUUGAAAAAAAGAUCUCAGAGAUGAGACAUAGAUCAGCAUUUUAG